ACGGAAAUCAGUGGAUUUCUUCUGCUGCCUCUUAACAUGGCGGCAGUCAGUCAACAUCUUGGAAUGGGAGCGUAUGACUUUGCACACAAAAUAUGCAGCCGGUAUCUCAUGAAAAGUCAAAACAUACAAGGUACAAUACGUGCCUCGUCCCUGUCGGUGGCGUUUCUGUUGGGUGACAACCAACAUGGCGAACUGCAUGGAGCCGAAAUUGCUGCUGACCGAGUGACCGUUGGACUUUCACGGGACAGUUACACAAGGUUAACACCAGUGUGUGGUUCUGUUGAUGUUUGGGGGAACAGAAUUGACGCUGGGUAUUGCUGUUAUCUUGGACGUAACAAAGAGUAUUUGCUGCUUAACAAGACACGCGAUCGAAGUACAAAACAAAACAUGUGCUGGAGUUUUGUCAAGUUUUGGAGGACUUACAACUCCAGGUCUACUCGUCGUCUACAGAGCCUCGGCAGUCGGCGUUUGUGUUGGGGACAUGGACAGUCUGUGUUUGUCAGAUCCUACAGCGGCAACGGAACUCAAUCUGUGCCCCUUUACGAAACCAAAACGGGCUACUAUGAGAUCCUGGAGGUGACACCUACCGCCACGCAAGCUCAGAUAAAAACGGCCUACUACAAGCAGUCAUUCAUCUACCACCCGGACAGAAACGCCGGCAGCGAUGCGGCCACUGUCCGCUUCUCCGAGAUCAACGAGGCUUACACCGUGCUGGGCAAUAAGGCACUGAGGAAGAAAUACGACCGGGGUCUGUUGAGUCGGUUGGACCUCGUCGCAACAGCCAGACCCUCCGGCAAGGACACCGCAGGGAGCUCCGCGAAACACCAAGCGGACAGGAGACGGUCUGUGAUGGGCGCAGACCGGCAAGGGACCGUCUUUGAUUUCGACAAGUUUUUCAAGGCCCAUUACAGCGAGCAGCUGCAGAGAGAAAAGGACAUCAGAACCCGCAAAGAAGAGCUCCUGAAGAAGAAGCAGGAGACGAUUGAGGAGAGGAAGCUGGGCUCGAUGCUGGAGGUCGGAGUUGGGCUGAUGCUGGCGAUGAUCUUGGUUAUACUGAUGAGCGUGAAGAGAUAAAGGACGCGCUGAGGAGGAAUUGUGGAUCUCUUAAUGGGAAAGUUUUGUUGGUCCCGUGAAGCACCGCCACUUUUCACACUACACAAAAACAACACUGCUUACAAGACUGUUAAACGCCCACAGAAACGGUGCACCAUGAGUGAUUUAACGUCACCCGUUAAGUCAAUGUAACACAGUGCAAUACUCGAUAGGAAUAUACUGAAACGCUGAUAAUAAGACUAAGCUGUAAUGUGUUUAUGUUUCAGUUCCUCGGUCUUAUCACAGUACUGUAUGCUUAUCACUCAACACACUGUUCACUAGUUGUUGAGAUGAUUCUGUGUACUGAUUUGGGCUUUGGGUAGCCAUUGUACAUUGCACUGUAUUUAUUUUGAAAUUUAAAAAAAAAAAAUGUAAAAGGCAAGCUUCUCAUAUGUCAAAUAUUGUCCAAACACACGCAGCCAUACAAAGACAUAUUUAGGAUUAGGCUCUCACAGCUUUGGGUAUCAAAACGUUUGAGUCAGUACAUGAAAUGUAUUGAUGUUCUACCCAGGAGUCAUUACUGUGCCACAAGUGCCAUCUUAAAAUUUAGUCCCAAAUACUGAGUGAAUACACUGACACAAGAUCAGGUGGAUGAUUUGCAACCUGAAAAUGUUAAGUUUAAACUCUUUUGGCUUUUAUAAAGUCAUCUGUCCAACAGAUUUCUUUAUUUUUAAUAGUAAGGCUUGUUUUGAUUAUGUUGUAAUGUAUUGAUAUUUAUGAAAUAGUUGUAGCAGUAUAAGGGGAAGUCAGGGAUGUGUGGAUCUGCCACUUCCUGAGAGCCUAUUAAAAAGGGGAAUUAUGGGAAAUGUAGGGUUUAUGCUCAGAUAGGCAAGUGAAAGAAUGUGCCUUGAAUGAUGUUUAUUGUAAAAUUCUGUGGUUGUAUUUUCCUGAUAUUUCACUAAUAAAUGUCCAUCAGAGCGCAGUGAAACAAA